ACAACCCCGUAGUGUUCGUAGCCCCGGAGUGCUCGCCGGACGACACGUGUGUGCGCGAGUGUGCGUGCGCGAGUGUCUCUCUCUCAGUGUCUCUCUCUUUCUCUAAGUAACUAUUAUUUUUUUACAAAUGUGAUUUAGUUUUUAAUAUCUCACUCUGAUAUUUUCCACUGGGGUAAUGUCAAUAUCUACCUUUUUACCGUCUUAUUUUUCGAAUCUAACCUAGAUUGUUCCCAAUAAACAACAUCGGAGGUGUUGUGUCUGAUUUGGUUUAGGAGUCUUUACACCUCGAAGUACAGUUCAUCUCAUAGGUACAUUUCUGUUUCUCGUCCGUCUAAACUCAGUGCCUGAUCAGUGACGGGCGACUAGUGCCUGGGGUACAGGGCGCAGUUUCCCUCCUCUUGUUUUUCCCGUCGUCAAGAUUUCCCGCCAAGAAGGUGGCAGUGGUGAGCAGGGCCAGGUCGUGGUGGGCUACAGUCUAGUCGGAGUCUAUCCGUGCGCGCUGUGGAAGCCCCAAACCUGCGGUUGCUCUCCUCAGACCUCAGACUCCGGUGGUCCUGUCCGCUCCACCAGGCUGGCGUCCUCUGUAAGGCCCUCGCCGUACCCGCAGCCCGAGCCUUGCCGCUGUAGGGCUCUGCCCUCCGAGGAGCCCUCAUGUGAGCCUGCAUCCACCCCCAUGCUGUUCGUUCCGUUUACCUACGCUCCACAACUUGGCCUAGCCAACAACAGUGUCAGCCCUUCUAACACUCCUCUAAUUAAGACUGUCGCGGUGACCGAACCCGUCAACGGUAGUGUGGACAUGAAAGUGAAUUGGGUGACGUCGCCAGGACUGCAGCCUAAACAGGAUACAAGCAAACACUACCACAUAUUCGUUGGAGACCUAAGUCCGGAAAUUGAAACCCAAACGUUAAGAGAAGCCUUUGCACCGUUCGGGGAAAUUUCAGAUUGCAGAGUAGUAAGAGAUCCCCAGACAUUAAAAUCCAAAGGGUAUGGAUUCGUCUCAUUUGUAAAAAAAGCGGAGGCGGAGAGUGCCAUCACGGCGAUGAACGGACAGUGGCUGGGUAGUCGCAGUAUUCGUACCAACUGGGCCACGAGGAAACCUCCCGCUCCCAAGAGUGACUUGAACUCAAAGCCGCUGACCUUUGACGAAGUGUACAACCAGAGUUCGCCCACCAACUGCACGGUCUACUGUGGCGGUCUGACCAACGGACUGACCGAGGAUCUCAUGCAGAAGACGUUCUCUCCUUUCGGCACCAUCCAGGAGAUCAGAGUCUUCAAAGACAAAGGAUACGCCUUCGUUAGAUUCUCUACCAAGGAGUCGGCCACCCAUGCCAUAGUAGCAGUCCACAACACAGAUAUCAAUGGUCAGCCAGUCAAGUGCUCGUGGGGGAAGGAAUCUGGUGACCCUAACAAUGCACAAGCAGCAGGACAGCCACUGACGGGAGCCCAGUUCCCCUACGCCUAUGGACAGCAGUUGGGCUACUGGUAUCCUCAGAGCUACCCUACCACAGCCGCUGCUGCUGCUCAAAUGCAGGGGCAGUUUCUGCAAGGCAUGCAGGGCUAUACCUACGGCCAGUUUGGUUAUCAGCAGGGCUACAUGGGGCGCAUGGGGAUGCAGCUACCGGGGGCCUGGCCUGCGCAGCCCCAGUUGGCAUCAGCGGCCGUCGCCGCGCAGGGGGCGGCGCUUCAACAGCCCACCCCCGGCAUGAUGGCCUACCCUGCCAUGCAACAGUUCCAGUUGGCAGAGGACGACUGGCUGGCACCUAGUCUUCUCGUUUGAUGGUAGCCUGCUGUACAACUCGCAUCAUGAUCAUAUCAAUACAAUCCAAUCACAUUGUAAAAGUGGAACUUACUUUGUUUAGAAACUUGUAAAAAAUUCGAAAGUCUUUCAAGGCCCUGUCAAUGUGCUUAGUAAUUCGGAAUUAUUUAUUAACAGUGAACCUCGUUCCAUUCUUUCCUACGAUCGGACGCGGUUUAAAUAGAUUAUUUUGAUAAUUUAAUCGGUGAUCGAGUAAACAAAUAAAGACUCAUUUCUAUUUUAGAAAAAACCUAUGUAGGGUAAAAAAAACUGUUUGUAUGCAAAUGAAUUGUAUUAAACCAGCAAAUGAUUUGUAUUGUUGAAAGUGUUUUUUGCGUUUACAACUUUCUGCUUUGUUAGAAGCCGCUACGUCUCUAUUUUGUCUUUUGCCGUUAAAACAGAUCCAUACUGCCACCGAUCAGAAAGAAUGUAAGGGGUUCCCGGGCCAGUCUGUGGACUAGGUCUUAUUUUCUUUAUUUUUUCUUGGUGUGAAAGACCCUGAUGAUGGGAACGGGGUAAAGUGGCAGAGACAUCGCUACUGUACAAGGAAACGCCGCGUCGCGUCGCCCCGCACUACGGACCCUACUCCACCUCCGAUCUUAACUUUAAGUUAAUUUGUAAGGGAAACAUAAAUCAGUAAUCCAAAAGAUAAGUACCCUUUCAAAAGUAUUUAUGUACAAAAUCAAAAGUAUAAGUAGCCCCUGGCGAGGGGCGUCUAUGUACCGUACUGCACAAGAUACACCCGAAUCACAUGUAUAUUAAACGCACUUCCUCGAUACAUCGAGGCGGAAUAUACCCCUAGAUAAGAUAAAGAUAAGAUACACUGGUGAUACAGAACUGUAGAACUCGUAGUGAGCAGAUGUACGUAGACUAGAUAUAUGUAGUGUUAAUAUAUAUGAGAUGAUAUACUAUAUAGGGGAGAGUAUAUAGAGGAGCAGACGACCCGGCCCCGGCGCGUCCGUCUUUAGCGGCAUCGUUCUUCCAUGUCGCCCGGGACCUGCAAAUGAUACUCGGUCAAUUUGAAAUUCAUUUUGUAAAUAAGGCGGAAAUCUAAAUCGAAUAAAAUGAUUACUUACGCACCGCUGGACGUGAUAUUUAGCGAGGGUUGUACAUAGCAUCGGACCGGUGCGUAUACCCACGGCAGUAGAGUAGAGUACGGCAUCAGAACAUAUUGGUUGAAUUGAAUCCUUAGGAUCAAAAAAUAAUGUAACUGUAUAAAGAAGGAAUGUUUCUGUAACAACAUUUUAUAUAAGCGAGUACAUAAUAGUGUAAAUAGUGUUUAUUUACCACACACAGUGAUCUGUUAGGUUAGGUGAAACGGUGGAUUUGUUAAGGCCGCAAGCAUUACGGAACUUGGUCUGGGAAAAGAGAAGAAGCCUAAUAAAUCUUUAUAUGUAAGUUUGAAAAUUAACAGUACUUUUCAAUUUCUAUUGUUACUGUUUCAAUUAAAAAAAUAUAAAAAGUGAUAAGACCACCAACCUGCUCCCUUUAAAUAUAUUGGUUAAAUUGCUAUCAACUUUAAAAAAAUCAUUCGAUGAUUUUAUUAAGUUUUGAAUUUUAUCAAAGGUUUUGCUGGAGCAACAGUAAAAAUAGCCAAUGUUUAUUUUUUGCCCAAACUGUAUAAAACUGUGAGGUGUUUUAAAACCUAAAACAGAGAUGUGAUAACAUUUUUUUAUGUCUUAAACUAACCCUUGGUUUGAAUAAAUAAUUCAUCUGGGGCCUGUUUUUUCGCUAGCAAUUAGAAGCACAUGAAAUAAUUAGUUGUAUUUGUUGGAAUGAUUGUUUAGAUUGUUACCCAGCCCUGUUCAAUUUCUAAAUUUUCUACAGCAAUGCAAUGAUACAAAUAUAAAUUUAUAAGCCUUUUCCACAUACAGAUUGGAAUGACGAAUAGUAUUGUUUUAUUAAGAAUGUUGCAACAGCCCAAACGAAGUUCCUAAUGCUGAAGUUAUGAGCGAGCUAGUAUUAAGGGUAUAUUAUAUAUUAUUAGCCGGUACAAAGCACUAGCCGUGGAGAGUACUUUUAUAUAGUGACUAGUACCGCAUUUUGAUACAACAAAAACAAGGGAACGCUGUAAACGAUGGCAUUUUUUAAUACUGUAGAUGGGAUGUCGAGCACUAUAGGAUCCCCGCGCACGCCCCCCUUAACCCUAGCGCUGUCGCCCCCCGUGCCCUAUGUAUGUCCUACUGUACAUGUUACGUUCGAAUAGCCGUAUGUAUCUAUUCGACCCGUUUGUUCUUGUUUAUUCGGAAAACGUUAAUUAUUUGAGAUGUGAUUAAUUGUAAGGAUGUACAUUCAAAUCUAAUGUUAUUAUGUCAUAUGUUCGUUGUUCUACCGGUAUUAUGUCACUUUACAACGAAAUUGUGUUGUUGUUUUUUGUAAAGCGAUGUUGUCUAUGGUUUUGUUAUGCUCCUUACUGUGUGCGGGCAGCAAUAUCGUUCAACAACGAUUAAAUAUCGAUAAAAAAUCGGGGGGAUCGAUUAAAACAACUAUGAGUUGUAAAUUUAGAUUUAAGCCUUUACUUCCUCUACGAGUGUACGUAUCAAUUCUUUUGUACUUUGAUAAUAUUAUGUGUUUACCUCAUUUCAGUAUGUAAUGUAGAUAAAAGGCUAUCGACUUUACAAUUGAAAAUCUGUGAAUAUACGGUUUUCUAUGUUACGUAGUUUAGUUUUGAAAUUAUCUGUUAGACUUUUGUACGGACGAGACAACGAAUAACAGCUAGUCAUUACGAACAUCAGGAGUAUUAGUCUUAUUUUAGAUAUAAUCGAUCGGCUGUGACUCAAUGUUUGUUAUUAUUGUAGGAGUAUCGGAUCCAUUAGUAUGUCUUUCUUGCCUAAAACUUGUACACGUGUACUUAUGUACAAAGUCUAAUAGAAAUAGUGUGUAGCACUAUGUCUAGUCUAAAAGAGGACGUUGAAGGCUUAAAGCUAAAUAGUAUAUUUACUCAAAAUGUUCAAAAAUUAAGGGGACAUAUAAAUUAAGCCAAAGGUGGUUGAUUGUAAGACAAGAUGAACAUACCUUCUGGAAACACUGACUGUGCGUUCAGAGAUAACUGAAAGAAAUUAAACGAAU